UAUCUCCUCCUCCUCCUCCACCUCCUCCUCCUCCUCCUCCUCCUCCUCCCGGGAGCUUUGACAGUACCUUCUCCUCCGCCCGGAUCGUCGCCGCCGCCACCGCCGCCGCCGCGGCGCCCCGACGAAGGGGAGAAGACGCAGCUGGGCCGCCGCCGUUAGAGGGGUCCCCGGCUGCCGCUCGCUCGGUCCGCCGUCGCCUCUGAGGUCGGUCCUCCCGCGGGGUCUCCGCUUCCUCCUCCCAACGCCGGCGCCCGCUCACCGCCGCGAUGGGGCUCCUGGACUCGGAGCCGGGCAGCGUCCUGAACGUGGUGUCCACGGCGCUCAACGACACCGUGGAGUUCUACCGCUGGACCUUGUCCAUCACAGAUAAACGUGUGGAAAAUUGGCCUAUGAUGCAGUCCCCAUUGCCUACGCUUUGUAUAAGUACCCUUUACCUCCUGUUUGUGUGGCUGGGUCCAAAAUGGAUGAAGGACCGAGAACCUUUCCAGAUGCGUUUAGCGCUCAUUAUCUAUAAUUUCGGGAUGGUUUUGCUUAACCUUUUUAUCUUCAGAGAGUUAUUCAUGGGAUCAUAUAAUGCAGGAUAUAGCUAUAUUUGCCAGAGUGUGGAUUAUUCGGAUAACGUUCACGAAGUCAGGAUAGCUGCUGCUCUGUGGUGGUACUUUAUUUCUAAAGGAAUUGAGUAUUUGGACACAGUGUUUUUUAUCCUGAGGAAGAAAAACAACCAAGUCUCCUUCCUUCACGUGUAUCAUCACUGCACAAUGUUUACAUUGUGGUGGAUUGGAAUUAAGUGGGUCGCAGGGGGACAGGCAUUUUUCGGAGCCCAGAUGAAUUCCUUCAUCCACGUGAUUAUGUACGCCUACUACGGGUUAGCUGCCUUUGGCCCAUGGAUUCAGAAGUAUCUUUGGUGGAAGCGAUACCUGACCAUGCUGCAGCUGGUUCAGUUCCACGUGACCAUUGGGCACACAGCGCUGUCCCUUUACAGCGAUUGCCCCUUCCCCAAAUGGAUGCACUGGGCUCUCAUUGCCUAUGCGGUCAGCUUCAUAUGUCUCUUCCUUAACUUCUACGUUCGGACGUACAGAGAGCCUAAGAAAGCAAAAACCGGAAAAACAGCUGCAAAUGGUAUUUCAGCGAACGGUGUGAACAAAUCAGAAAACCACCUAGUGGUAGAAAAUGGAAAAAAGCAGAAAAAUGGAAAAGCAAAAAGAGAGUAAAGUGAACUGGGCCUUACGUGGUGUCGACAGCGAGGAAACUCCCACUUCAUAUCAGAUUUCAGGAAAACCAGAAGUAAACGAGGGUUUGGGGAUGGGGAGAAAAAGACAGAUGUGCUCUAUGUAUUAGUAACCUUUAGAUUGAGUAAAGUGUUCAAUACAACACCCAGAUGUUUUAUUUAUGAAGUUUUUAUUUUAAACAUUUUUUUAUUAGCCUUGAUGUUGUCAGACCAAAGCAAUCAUCACGUGACUUUGGAGGCCCCUCCCCCUCUUCAUAUUCGUGUGUACAAUGUAUGAGAGUUUUCACGUCUCUUCAUUCUUGAGACUGAUAAUCACAGAAACAUGGUCUUUAUGCCUUUUUGGGGGGCAAAAUUGCUACUUACCUACUGAUGAAAAUCAGUUACCUUCCAUCUUCUGGUCCCAAGCUGGAAAUGCAGAUGCUUUAAAACGUGCACAUUUGAAUUCAUUUGCUGACUGGAGUGGUCAAAUCUCUCCACCUCUAGUCUGAAGAUAUACCCUUUUGGUUGGAAUUAAACUUUAAAAAUCUGAUGAUCUCUGUAGACCCUUAGAGGCUUAAUGGUGAUGGUGUUGGUGAAAAUAAGAAUUACAGUAAAAUCCUGCCCGGCGACUCAAAAGCUCACCGUGACCUGCAGCACAAAUCACUGUGGGAGACAGUUUUUGUGAUGAAAAGGCAGCCUUUCAAUACUCCUGUUACUACCAGAUAUAUAUUAUAAAAAUUAAGGUUAUCGUCUGGAACAUGAAACAACUCAUGUCUCUAUUAGUAACAUCGUAAAGGAGUUACAUUUAUGUGCUGUUAGAAGAGAAUAUGUUGAUUUUUAUCAGGCUUUCCUUGUUUUGAUUUGUGGCUGUUACCUAUUUUUCAUAUGUGGAAAUAUACCUACCUCUUCUGUUGGAAAGAACAUUUAAAAUUAAAUAAAUUUUAAUU